UUCCAGCCCCCAUCCCAGCUCCCAACCGCCGGCGACAUAUGGAUGCCGCCGCCGCCUCCGCCCUGGUCCCCUCCAGGACCCCAAGCCCCCGUCUCCCGGCGUCCACCACUGCCUCCCGCCCCUCCUCCGUCAGACCCUUUGCCGCUCGCCUUCCAGCUCGGCCCCUCUCCCUCCCCCGCCGCGCGGCCGUCGCCGCCGCCUCCCUCGGGGUGUCUAACGAUACAGGUGUCAUGACGCCCGGCACCAACGUUGUUACCCAGAACGAUCUACUGAUCGUCGGCCCAGGUGUGCUUGGCCGGCUGGUAGCUGAGAAGUGGCUGAAGGAACAUCCAGGUUGCAAAGUUUUUGGCCAGACUGCAAGCACGGAUCAUCACAGCGAGCUAACUGAUAUCGGCAUCAUUCCCUCCUUGAAGGGAUCCACUAUUCCUCAAAAGGCCCCAUAUGUUAUUUUCUGCGCUCCUCCAUCUCGCUCUGAUGAUUACCCCGGCGAUUUGAGAACGGCUGCCUCAAAUUGGAGCGGUGAAGGUUCUUUCUUGUUUACAUCGAGUACUGCUCUCUAUGACUGUAGUGACAACAGAUUGUGCAACGAGGAUUGUCCAUCUAUUCCAGUUGGCAGGGGUCCUCGUACUGAUGUUCUUCUUAGAGCAGAAAAUGUUGUUCUGGAGGCAGGAGGCUGUGUUCUCAGGCUAGCAGGACUUUAUAAAAUAGAUAGAGGUGCUCAUUAUUUCUGGUUGAGGAAGGGAACACUGGACUCACGACCAGAUCAUAUUAUCAAUCAGAUCCAUUAUGAGGAUGCUGCGUCCCUUGCAAUUGCCAUCAUGAAAAAGAAACCUCGGGGUCGUGUCUUUCUGGGCUGUGACAAUAAGCCUCUUUCCAGGCAAGAGAUAAUGGACGCUGUUAACAAAAGUGGGAAGUUCGACACGGAGUUCCAAGGUUUCACCGGUACCGACGGUCCAUUGGGGAAGAGGAUGGAGAAUUCGAAAACCCGGGCCGAUAUCGGGUGGGAGCCCAAAUACCCGAGCUUCACAGAGUUCCUCGGCGUCGACAGUUAGUACCCAGUCGCACAUGUUGAGCAAUUUUCCUUCUUGGCCUGAGUGAAUCGGAAUGCCAAGGGGAUCGUAGGGAUGUGUUUGUUGCACCACUGGUUUUGUUGCCCCAGCACAGCAGUUUUAGAAACUUUGCAAACGCUGCACAAUAGUGUUGUAGCGCGGUGUAUAUCUGUUCUGUUAGGUGGUCAUCCUCUGUUUGAUUUUCCGAUCACUCGGUUCUGAACUUAACUCGCGUUCGUAUGUUUGUUUUUCUUCCGGUUUGAUGCUCGUUUAUCCACAUUUCCGAGUACGCUUGUUCUGAAA